UAAGACUGUAUUCUCUUUUCCUUCCUCGAUCUCUUCUUCUUCUUCUUCAGUCAAAACCCUAACCCUCUUCUUUUUUGUCAAUCCAUUCCCUAACGCUUUUCUUCUUCAAUUACUCUACUUCGAUCCCUCCUUUGUCUUCUUCAAUUGACUACUGACUAAGGGUUCGGAGAAAAAAGACUCCUUUUCACAAAAAAACAGAGAACACCACCAUUAAUGGCUUUCUUCACCGAUACGAACAAGACAAGACACAACUCAACCAUACCCCAGUCUCCUUUCCCAACAAACUCAAGAUAAAUACCAAGAUUAAAAUCCCAAGUCAUCACACUGCUCUGCUGUCAUACUCUGUUCCCUCAGCCGUAUUCUACCGGUAAAAGGAUGGGAAAACGAGGAGCUAAGAAGCUUACAAACACUCAAGGAGGACCUAAUCUCAAAUCUGUACUUAGACAUGAGCACUUGAAGAAUCUCGCUCUCUGGUCUUCCGCCGGAGAUACUCCGAUACCAUCUCUUGCUUCCUUGUUCGGUCGUUGUCUCGCUGCCGACAUUGAAACCACUGGGAUCGCUCCUGAUCCUGAUCUCGUCUCUUGUCAAAGGUGUGAGACCAUUCUUAAGCCUGGCUUCAAUUGUAAUGUUAGAAUCGAGAAAGUUUCCGCUAAGCAGAAGAAACGCACCAGGUGCAAGAAGUCUAACAUCUGUUUACCUCAGAACAAUGUUGUUUACCAUUGCAAUUUCUGUUCUCACCGUAACCUUAAGAGAGGUACUGCGAAAGGUCAGAUGAAAGAGAUUUACCCGUUCAAGCCGAAAGCUCCUCGUCCUACACGUCCUAAGAUCAAUAAAGAGACGACGACAGUGCCUCAGGAAAUCCAAAGUAACAUGCUUUCUUCACCUGUGAGAAGUGAGAAAGAUCAGGUGGAGGAGGAGAAUGGUGUUGCGAAUACACCGAAGCCAAUGAUGCUUACUCUCGAUAGGGGUAAGAGGAUACGAAAAUCAAAGAGUAAGAAACCGGUUGAGCCUGAAAGUGUUGCGGAGAAAACAGUUGGUGGAUCAAAUAAGAGGAAGAGAAACUCAUGGACAAGUGUGAAAGAGAUAGCUGAGACAAACAAGAGUUCUAGAACAAAUUUCAAGAUACCUUUUCUCUUGUGAUUUGUUUGUUAUAUGUAUUUGGGAAAGUAGAGUAAAUAUGGCCCUUUGGGGAAGUUUUCAUACAUUUUUAUACUUUAAAAUUUGGAAAAAAGAUACCUACCUACA